CACGAAUCCCAUCCCUAUCCAUCGUCGGUCCUACCGUCUUGAUCCUCGGAAUUAGUCAUGCGGAUCUGCGUCUCCUCCUCAUCCAACUCGUCUUCAUCAUUAAUUUCUCCCUGAGAGGGCGUAGCUGCGACAAAUACAGGAGCUAGGCCUUCUAUAGGCUGUGUAGCACCUUCCGUCGCUACCUGCGUCGCCUGGCUUUCCCGUUGCGUCGGUUCUCCCUCCAACUGCGACAACGCGGCGCGCUUGCGAUGGUUGGCUGUAUACCAUUGGCCUGGUGAGUCUCGAAACCCUACGGGGGUCUCUUGUCCAGACGAAUCCCCGUCGAAAACGCACGCGUCGCCAGCCAUGACGCUUGCUCGACAAAGCUAAAGUUGCCAAUCAGAGCAGCAGCAUCGCUUCAAGCUCUUUGAUCUCGACGUUAAUAGAACUAAUUUCCACUCAGCAGCAUGCUCAACCGACCUGCAGGAACCUCCACAAUGCAAUCUCGCCGCCGAGCUCAUCUAAUACCAUUUUUUAAAGACUGCCAUUUUUGAAAGCACUGAAAUGGCUCUUGUGACGACGCAGCCUUAUCGUGUUCUGAUCUGGCUUACAAUGGUGUAAAUAUGGAAUGUCGCGCGAGAACUUGGGAACAGAAAUUCUGCAUCACUGGGAGAAGACAACAUGAGUAUAAGUGCACAAGUUGGCGCCUUGGAACUAUGCCCUGAAGCCGACUCUGCCCAGCAUUGUAAGAAACCUAGUGAUCCAAGCUACUCUGGCAGCAACAAAAAUGAUAACGAGAAAAAUGCAAGAAACGUGAUUCCGACGGACAACCAAGCACUAACGUUGUCAGAGGCCAAGGAAUUCGAGCCAUUAAGCGCAUUGGACGAACUUCCUUUGUUGAAUCGAACUAUUGCGAAACGUGGUCGACGUCGAUCUCGAAAGCGUGAUAGAUACGUCAGCACAAAAGCGGGAGCUCCUUCUGCCAGCAUUUCAAGAAACAGUGGUGAUAAUCAAAUGGCACAUUCCGGUGGGAUCGAUGAGAAUUCACUCCCUCAAAUUGUAAAACCUGGUGUGCCAUCCUCUCAAAAAUUAAACUCACCUCUACGAAAAAUGCACAAUCAUCGGACGUGGAAUGGAAGGUUGAGACAGCGAGGAGAUAUUGAGGUUUCUCGAUCAUUGCAACGACGAGUCUCGAGCUCCGAUGAUACCCUUGCAGCAUUGGAGGCGACCAAGACAAUCCUUUUGGCUGAAAUCGAGUCCGAUGAGCGCUGUGCAAGCUUCCUUCGUCAGAGAGUACCAGAGGAGGCGCGUGCAUUGUAUCCUGACUCUCCUCAGAGCCAAAUUUUAUACAAACUUCGCGAUUUGGAUCGGAAAAUCCUGAUGAACAAGGAGAAACUGGCACAAGUUCGAGAAAGAAUCGCAGAUCUGGGAGGAAAACCAAGUUGGUUGACUAUAGAUCCCAAAACUGAACUAACCGGCCACGAAGACAAGUAUUUAGACGCAAAUCAACAGUCACAAGCUUCAACUUCGAUCAAGGUUUCCUCAGUAGCGAAAGGAGCAGUGAUAAUUCAGUGCGGUUACCGAGCAUUUCGAGCGCGUCGUCACCUCGCUGAUCUGCUAGCCAAAACUUAUCAACGUGUGUUAAAUCCUGAAAACAAUCAAUAUUUCUACUACAACCGCAUCACCAACCUGAGUCAGUGGGAAGCCCCGACGUUGCUGCGUCGUUGCCACUGUCCACUUGAUGCCAAGCCAUUGACACUAGCAUACACCAACGACCCAGCUCGAGACGCAGCCGCAAAAGUUAUUCAGAACAUGUUUCGCCAACGCGCUUUGCGAGUCUUCAUGCAAGAUUACAAGCUUGGCAACCUCGAAAAGAUCUUUGACGCGAGAUUCGGCGCCUGGUAUUACUUCAACUCGCGCACCAAUCGUAGUUUUUGGGAAAAUGUGCACCAUGUAAGGCUCACCGCUGCGAAUUCUGCAAUAUAUCACCCUCCGUCCUGACAAGCCAAAGUAGUUAAUUCACCCCUCCAUUGCGAUAAAAAAUGGGGAAGGUACUAGUGUUUGUAGUGAUUCAUUUUUUUCUUUCCAUUCGUUAAUGCA